AACGCAACAGUUAAUGAUGUGACAGUUGGCAAGUUUGGUGCCAAGUUGUCAAAAAAUGUCAGCCAACAAGGAAAGUAACCUUGUUCAAGCUUAUAUUGAAUUAAAUAAAUUUUGUCAAAGUGGUGAUUAUGAAAGAGCUUUAAAAGCAACUGGGAAGAUCUUACAAAUAGCUCCACAGGAGCAGAAAGCGUUUCAUUGCAAAGUGAUAUGCUUCAUCCAACUCCACAACUUCAAGGAAGCUUUAGCUAUCCUGAGCAACCCUAAAAAUGCUGCACUUGCUGCUGAUUUGCAUUUCGAAAAAGCUUAUGCUCAAUACCGUCUUAAUACUCCAAAAGAAGCACUUCAGACUGUGGAUAGUGCACCAGAAUUGACACCAGCUUUGAAAGAAUUAAGGGCUCAAAUUUUAUACCGCUUGGAGCAGUACCAAGAAUGCUACAAUUUGUAUCGGGAAGUGGUUAAAAACACCACUGAUGAUUAUGAAGAUGAAAGGAAAGCCAAUAUGGCUGCAGUUGUUGCCAAUCUGGCAGCACUUAAUCCAUCUGCAGACCUCCCUCAAUUCACUGGAAACACAUAUGAACAAACAUACAACAUGGGCAGUACAUUAGCCAUGAGGGGGAAAUACAAUGAAGCAUUGCCAGUGCUCAAGAAAGCUGAGCAGGCUUGCUCGGAGAGUGUUAUCGAUGAUGGUGGCACUGAAGAAGAGGCUAAAGAGGAAGCUGCAAUAAUUAGAGUACAACAAGCCUAUUGUCUCCAGCAGAUGGGUAAGGAAAAGGAAGCUGCAUCCAUCUACCAGAAUGUUCUGAAAGACAAACCGUCUGACCAAGCACUGAUUGCUAUAGCUAGUAACAACCUUGUAGUCAUCAACAGAGACACCAAUGUAUUCGAUUCUCGUAAGCGUAUGAAGGCGGCCACACAAGAUGGACUUGAACACAAACUUAACUCACGGCAGCGCGCCUCUAUCACGUACAACCAGGCGAUACUUGCUAUCUACUCUAAUCAGCCGGAGUUCUGCAAGCAGUGCUGCGUGAAGCUGUCGCGGGCGUUCGGUCAGGAGGAACGUGCGGCGCUGGUGGAGGCGGCGAGCCUGGCGCGCGACGGCCGCGCCGAGCCCGCCGUGCAGCGCCUGCUGCGCUGCGGGGGCGCCGCCGCCCUCGCCGCCGCACACCUCGCGCUCACGCACGGUGACCGGAAAGCUGCCGUGAAACUGUUAGAAGAAAGUGAAUUCAAAUACCGGCCGGGCGUCAUCGGUGUGUUGUGUACCCUACUCAGUGCCGACGGCGAGUACCAGAAAGUGUCACAGAUGUUUACGGAUGUCUAUGAACAUUACAAGAAUGAUGAGCGGUUCGCGUCGCUGCGCGCGGUGUGGCGCGGCGCGGCGGCGGCGCACGCGCGGGCGGGCGCGGCGCGUGCAGGCGCGGCGGCGCUGGCGGCGCUGCGCGCGGCCGAGCCGGCGGACGCGCGCAGCCUGGCGCGCCUGGUGAAGCUGCUGGCCGCGCACGAGCCCGAGCGCGCGCGCCUCCUCGCCAAGGACUUGCCGCGCCUCGACCGCCUCGAGACUAAAAUUGAUAUCGACGCUCUCGAAUCUUCUAAAUGGAUGAUGGGUGCUAAAGUUGUUAAGAAAACUGUGCAAAGCAAGCAGGAACAAUCGCCUGGUACCCCUGGAUCGGAACUGAGCCAAAAAACAAAGCCCAAACGAAAGCGCAAGACGAAACUUCCACCCAACGCGGACCUGUCCAAACCUCCGGAUCCAGAAAGAUGGUUGCCGAAAUACGAACGCACCGCAUACAGAAAACGGCGCGGCGUGAGGCGUGACGUCAUCAAGGGCAGUCAGGGAAUGAGCACCACUGCGACUGAUCAAUACGACAUGAGCAAGCAGCAGGCGGCUGCAGCGACGGCGGCCACGUCGGCCAAGAGUCCACGCGUGGAGUCCAAACAGAGCGACAGCGCGUGGCAACGCAAACAACAACAAAAGAAAAAGGGCAAAGGUCGCAAAUGGUAGUCGAGGACUUUAUAGUCAAAUAUAAUUUUUAUACCUAUA